AUGAAGUUGCUUUCAUUCCUCUUUGUUCUUCUCCAAGGUUCCCUGGUGGUUCAUGGCGACGUCGUAGAGAGACAAGUUGCCGGUUGUCUCGCCUCUGCUCCCGGGUUCGCUUCUCUUAACGGCGGCACCACUGGUGGCGCAGGCGGCACUGAAGUGACUGUCACAACCCAGGCUGAAUUAGAAAAGUACGCUGUCGCAUCUGGAAAGUAUGUGAUCAAGGUUAACGGCCGAAUUACCAUCAACCCUCUUGGGAAGGAGAUCAAGGUCACUAGUGAUAAGACGAUUAUUGGACUGGGCGACUCUGGCGAGCUCUACCGGGGCGGUCUGGGCCUGAAUGGAGUCAACAAUGUCAUCAUUCGAAACUUGAAGAUCGGGCACACGAACUUGAACGACGGCGUUGAGAACGACCGCGACGGUAUCCAGGCCGACACCAGCAGAAACGUCUGGAUCGAUCAUUGUCUUUUUGAGGACGGCGGCGAUGGCCUGCUUGACCUCAGGAAGGAUACCACUUUUUUCACAGUCUCGAACAACAUUUUCCGCAAUCACGACAAGAACUUCGGUAUCGGCUGGACAGAAAAUGUUUCGGCCUGUGGCACUAUCAGCCACAACUGGUUCGACAAAACCAAUCAACGAAAUCCCUCCGCAGAUAAUCUGGCCCAGGUUCACUUGUACAACAACUACCUCUUUGAAAUUACGUCCUACGGCCACUAUGCUCGUGGCAGCACUAAUGCGCGUGUCGAAAACGUCUUUUUCGAGAACACCAAGAAUCCAUUGACCAAGGACUCUACGGCCGUUCUCAACGCUUCUGGCAACACAUACAAAAGGUGUACUGGGACUAUUGCAGUUAAUUCUGGUAUCUCUUUCGACCCAAAGAGCUAUUACACUUACACGCUUACUCCGACUGCAGACGUACCUGCUUACGUCAAAGCCAAUGCCGGCCCUAAGUCGUCGGUUUGCUUCUGA